AUGGACUUCAUAUUUUUAUGGCUCGUUACCUUUGUGCUCGGAUUUUGGAUAUUUAAAAAGUUAAAAGUAUGGCAAAGCCUCCCUCCAGGUCCUUGGGGGUUGCCAAUUGUAGGAUUCUUGCCUUUUAUUGACAGGCAUCAACCACAUUUGACUUUAACUAAACUUGCCAAAGAAUAUGGUUCAAUAUAUGGAAUUGGAAUGGGCAGUAUUUAUGCAGUGGUGCUGUCGGAUCAUAAGUUGGUUAGAGAAGCAUUUGCAAAGGAAUCCUUUUCCGGACGCGCACCACUGUAUUUAACUCAUGGUAUAAUGCACGGAAACGGCAUUAUUUGUGCUGAAGGCGGGCUGUGGAAAGAUCAAAGGAAAUUAAUAACAAUGUGGCUGAAGAGCUUCGGAAUGAGCAAGCACAGUAUAUCCCGUAACAAACUGGAGAAACGUAUCGCUUUCGGCGUCAACGAGCUGAUUAAAAAUGUAAAAGAAGCUUCUGGAACACCUAUCGAUCUAACAUACAUGUUAACUGAUUCACUUGGUAACGUUGUUAAUGAAAUAAUAUUCGGGUAUAAAUACCCUUCCGAAGAUAAAACUUGGAAAUGGUUUAGACAAAUACAGGAAGAAGGAUGCCAUGAGAUGGGUGUGGCGGGAGCAGUAAAUUUUUUACCUUUCGUUAGGUUCUUUUCACCGUCAACGAAGAAAACAAUUGAAAUAUUAAUACGUGGCCAGGCACAAACUCAUAGACUUUACGCUGCAAUUGUUGAAAAGCGCCGCAAAGUAUUAGGAGUGCCAUCACCAGAAGGUGCAAAAUACCCUUUACAUAAAAACCUGUUCCAUGAUCAUCCAGAUGGAUUUAUUAAAUGUAUUAAAUACAGUAAGCAUGCAUCUGAAACUGACGAGCAUUACUUCGAUCCCGAAACUCUGAUAGCGACAGAUGGUGAAUGUAUUCUCGAUAAUUUUCUUUUGGAACAAAAGAAAAGAUUCGACAGCGGCGAUGAGACUGCAAAAUACAUGACAGAUGAACAGUUGUUAUAUCUCUUGGCGGAUAUGUUCGGAGCAGGCCUUGAUACAACGUCAGUCACUCUCUCUUGGUUUUUGUUACAUAUGGCUCUGUACCCGGAAGAACAGGAAUCUGUUCGACAAGAGAUUUUAUCCGUUUUAAUAGACGAAAAUGAUUCAGAUUAUUCAAAAUUACCUCGUCUAAUGGCAGCUAUUUGUGAAACGCAGCGUAUUCGUUCUAUUGUACCCAUUGGCAUUCCUCACGGAUGCACUGAAGACACAUAUUUAGGAAACUACAGAAUUCCAAAAGGCACUAUGAUAAUUCCACUUCAAUGGGCACUUCACAUGGAUCCUAAUGUUUGGGAAAAUCCAGAAGAAUUCAAUCCUAGUCGGUUUUUAGAUGAAGAUGGAAAUUUACUUAAACCACAAGAAUUUAUACCUUUUCAAACAGGAAAACGAAUGUGUCCUGGAGAUGAACUCUCUCGAAUGAUAUCGUGUGGAUUAAUUACACGCUUGUUUCGCCAUAUGCAAGUGAAAUUAGCUGCUGAACCUCCAACUGAAGAGGAGAUGCGAGGGAAUGUCGGUGUGACCUUGUCACCUCCGAAAACUUUAUUUACUUGUGUUCCUCUUGCAUCUUAUCAUUAA